UGGGGUUACUUGUUCGAGUUAUCCCCCUUGAACAAGUCAAGAGCAGAGCGGAGAUUAUGAAAUCAAUUCCGGUUGUGUAACAAACCCGAAUACCGUCCAACAACCGCAAGGAAUGAGCAAAUAAUCUGGCUUCCACGGGAUUUAGUAACCUGGGCUUCGACACCCUGCCCGCUGACAUUCGGUCCAAACAAGCCAAGGUGACAAGACGAACUGUCAUUUCCAGUUUGGAGAGCCCACGAGGAGGUUUGCGGCAUGUCAGAGGUGAAGAAGCGUGUGUUGAUUGUUGGUGCGGGAGCUGCAGGGACUGCCGCUGCAUACAGUCUUGGCAGAUUUCCAGACAGGUUUGAUGUGGAGGUUUGGGAAAAGUGCAAGAUUCCUGGGGGCGUUGCCACUACCAACAUUGUAAAAGGCAAUGUCUUUGUUAACGAUGGGGUUCAGGGGGGGACCCCCACCUACCGAAACACCCUCAAAUUAAUGGACACAUUUGGUUUUCAAACCACCCCUGUCAACAUGAAGAUUUCCUUUGGCAAAGGACAAACAGCCUGGACCAACUACACGAAGACUCAACUGACAGAAUAUCUUAAAGAUGAUAUUAAGAAAUUUGGGUCGGUUUUGAAAACUGUCAACAGAUUUGAGGCCUUCUUCAUAUUUAUCCCAAUUUGCAGGGUUUUGAAGUGGUAUGGGUUCUCUGAUGACUUUUGUAACGAGAUGGUAUAUCCCCUCACAGCCUUAUUCUUCGGAACGGGCAACCAGACACCAAAUGUGUCGGCGGCCAUCAUGGCUCGUGUGUUCCUGGAUGAUGAUCUAAGAUUGUUUGACUAUGACUCAGAGCAGCUUUUAAGUCAAACACCAGAAAUGUUUGCAUUCCCUAAUCUCGAGUUGAUGUAUAAAACAAUAAUGAAAAAAUCAGGAAUCAUUUACCAUGGUAACCGUCCAGUGACGUCUGUCCGUCGUACCAGGAAGCAUGUCUAUGUUACAGAUGCCAAUAACCAUGAACAAGUCUUUGAUGAAAUAAUCUUUGCCUGUGAUGCAGAAAGUGUCUUGAAGAUUCUUGAUGAACCAACUUUCCUUGAAACUAGAGCCUUGGGGAAUGUCCAGUAUUACAAUGACCUGAUAAUCACUCACGAAGACCGACAGUACAUGGACAAGCUCUAUGAGCUGCACAUAGACACUGAUCAGUAUUUUGUCCGAACGGAUAACAAAGACAGUUCCAAACUUGAGAUGUCUUUCAACCUGGCCAACUAUCAGCCCCAGCUCAAGGCUUCAGGACAGAACAUCUUUCAAACCAUCUUUCUGGACGACCAAAUACAGAAGACAUGGACCAAGGAUGAAAUCAAGGAAGACAAGAUCCUCUUGAAACGUUGGUGGAGGCAGUUUUCUCACACCUGGAGUCACUUUGCGUUUACUGUUCCUUUCAUGCGCUACCUCCAAGGAAAGAAGCACACUUGGUACUGUGGGUCCUACACUCUCAUCAACACCCACGAAAUUGCCAUCAUUUCUGGUCUGGCAGCUGCACACCGACUCGGGGCUCCUUACCCGUUCACUGAAGACCGCCUGGCAGCAAAACAGUUUGACCACUACAUGAUGGUAAUCCAUGGUCAGCCACGAUCUGUUGGUCCUAACAAGGACACAGUGAAGUCAUAUCUUCUUGCUCCACUGAUGUUUCUGUUUGCCUGCUUUGCUCUUUUGUUGAAGGUGAUUCUCAGAGUGAUUUCUUAAGUGCCCAAUAUGGUGAGCCCGAUCCAGAGGGUGACUCAAAGGCAGCCCUCUGUAUAGAAGUAUUAUCCAUCUACCUCAAUGUGUGUCUUUCUCUAUUUAUUAAAAUAUUGGUGGUUCUUAUGACUUAGGUCUAGAAUGUAGUCGUAGCUGCGAGGUUAGAGUUUGUUUCAGAAAAAGAAAAUAACUGGGACUUUUGUAACAGAAAAUUUUUCAACUACAAGAUGUUUAACUAACCAACUGUUAUUUCUUCACACCUGGUUCAAGUGUCACAUGCAUUCUCCAGGUUUUGCAUUAGUGCAAGUGUGAAAUGUGAAAUACCUGUUCCUACUCCUAGGUCCUCACUCAUAGACUGUUUGAAAAAGCAGCAGAAAGACUUGCUCUGUCAUGAAAAAAUCUGUUUGAGUGAGUGAGUGUGUGUGUGGAUAAACUAUUUAUACAAGUACAGAAAAAUCACUGCUUUCACCUGUUUUGAAAAUGUUUAUACCCUGAAUAAAAUGUUUCCUCAAA